UUUUUAAAAACCAUUUUUGUUUUUGUUUUGCUAAAAUGCCACGAUAUCAUUCAAUACACGAUGAUGUUGAAGUUGCUACUAAAUGGUGGAGUGACUAUCCAACACAAAAGUAUACAGACAUGGCUAGGGCACAAAAAACAUUUAGCAAUUUAAUUGGGGAUGUUUGGUCGAAACCGAAACGACUUGUAAGAUCUGCCAGUUAUACAAACUUGACGUAUUACAAAGAGGCGCAGCAUGAUUAUCCUAUUAAAAAAAGUACUUCUGUUUCAUCAUUAGCACCAUCACUAGCUUUACCCCAAUAUUAUCGUCAAGCAGAGCGGAUUGUUCAUACCGAACGUGUUUACAAACCUUUUAUGUAUGACUGGUACAACAAAGCUUAUUCUCAACAUCGUUAUAUUGACACACAACGGGAGAUAAUGCGACCACUUAAAAGGGACCCAGCACCUCUUCGUUACAAGCCCCUAAAAGCAGCCCCUCUCCGUUCUUAUCUACAUGGAUCACAACAAUAUUUGGACCGAUAUGUUUCAAAUAGAUUAAAAUCGGACGAUUUUGGACAGCGGUUUGCUUAUUCCGCUUAUGAAUGGCGGAAGCCGCAAGACCAUUCCUUCAACCGCAACUUUAUGUAUGGGGAAAGAGUGUAUGUGCCUCAUGCCCGGUCAAACCCACACUCUUAUACAAGUGCUUCUGCUUUGCGCAAACUAUACAAAACAACUGGUCGUUUCCGUUUUGCCUAA